CCAGAAUUGCAGUUCAGGUUGAAGAGCUUCUAUGCGGCCGUCUCUGACCUCUGCGCGGAAAGCUGGGCCCCCUUUCUCUCCUCUUUCCUGUGGGGGAAGCGGCUGGGGGGGGGGCGGCCUGCAGGAAAGUGACAGGGCAGCUGUCAGUUUCCCCGCGAGGUCCAUGAAUACGAACACCAUGAUAUUUCUGAUCCUGGGGGCUUCGGUUGUGAUGGCAAUAGCAUGUUUAAUGGACAUGAAUGCUCUUCUUGACCGAUUUCAUAAUUAUAUCUUACCGCAUCUGAGAGGAGAAGAUCGGGUCUGUCAUUGCAACUGUGGAAGGCAUCACAUUCAUUAUGUCAUCCCAUACGAUGGAGACCAGUCGGUGGUUGAUUCUUCCGAGAACUACUUUGUGACUGACAACGUCACCAAGCAAGAAAUUGAUCUGAUGCUGGGACUCUUGUUGGGAUUCUGUAUAAGCUGGUUUCUUGUGUGGAUGGAUGGAUUGCUCCAUUACGCCGUACGAGCAUGGCGGACGAGCCGACGGUAUGACAAUUCAUGGUCUUGGUUUCCCAAAUUUUGUAACUUCAAGGAGUUCCGGAAACGCCACCAUAGCCAGUAUGACGAAGCCGCGGGAAACAUGGUGCACAUCAAACAAAAAUUGUAUCAUAAUGGGCACCCCAGCCCAAGACACCUUUAAGGAAACCUGGGACUGAUCAGUGCUCUAUUGAACAUGCCUUUUGCUGUCUACCAAGGGGAGAUGUCCAGCUGCUUACUCCCCGGUGGACGCCACUUAAAGACUCCCCCUUAGUUCCACCAACGGUGUGUCUGCAGAAUUCUCUGCGCCCAGAGAAUGCACAAUUCCUCUCCCCGUCCUGGAUCCAAGGCUCACGAGACAUUGCACUGUGGUUACCAUUUGACUGGUGGACCUGUACAUAUGACGAAAGGAGAUGAAACAACGCAGCACAGAAAGAGCGCGAGAGAAAAUUUGCAUUACACUUUCCAGCCCUCGCUUCUUUUGGUGAUGAUAGCAAUGGCAGUCUAUUUUUCCUCCCCGUUGGGUUUUCUUUGUUGAUUUGGAAGUUUUGUUUGUUGUCGUCCAUGGUCUUUGUAGAUGAAUUUGGCCAGAUGUUGCCCUGUUUAGCCUUCAAGUACUUCUGAAUCUCUGUUUCCAAUUGUAUCUGACCCCCUCCAUCCACUUGAUCCCCAUGAAGGUUCUUCGUUGUGCUCCGAUAUCUCAUUCCUAAUCUAGAUUUGGUCUGGAUUUUAGGUGAUCUGGUAGGUACAAUGCGUAAUCCUUUAAGGACCCUCUUCUGUUGAGAAUAGCUUGGUUUUCUCCAGCCUCCACUUUCUGCUUUCCUUUCCUUCUGAAUCAUAACCUAGGGAGAUCUUUCCUCCAAACCUGCCUGAAGAAACAGGUAGCUCUGUUCUGACAUGCAAAAUUCGCAAUCACCGGGUAGUCAUCUGUAAACUGGAGCGAGCUGUCUUCCAAGAAACACUAACCCAAAAGGUCUACCUUGAGAAGUUUGGUUUGAGCAGGUCAUGUUAGUAAAAAUAGGCGUAUUUAAGGUUCCCUUUGGUCUAUUGCCUGUGAAGGUUUCAUCCAGGUGACUCUUGGCAAGACCGAAACUGACUCUUAGUUAGACGAGACUGUUUAAUUUGGGGCUGUGUUUCAGUCGUAGAGAGGUCAUUCUUUUUAAAGAAAUUGGAGAAGGCCAAAUUGGUUUUUAGCAGGCCAAGCAUACUUCUUUCCAGUUAUGGUCCCUUCCUUGCAUGCCAUGUUCAUAGGUUCUUCUGUGCAAGGGGCAUCGUAAGAUCUUCAAGAUAGCCCUCAAGUUCCACAUCCCAUCAGCCUUGGCAAGCAUUGCCUGUGAUGAGCCAGGAUGGAGGUUAUGUCCCAGAAGAAUCUGGAGAUCUCUCAAUUGGUCUGUCCUACACCCGGAACCACCUGAAUAAUGGCAAUUGCCAUCUUGGCGCCUCAACCCUGUUGCAUUUACAAGACCAUCUACCUCAGAAACUGAACUGCGCAGUGGCUUCAGUGAAGGAAGUUACGCAGGGAGGGAGGGCCAGGGAUACCGAGAGCCAAAAGGGCAUUUGAACUGGGAAUAGUUCAACCCAGUUCCAGGGUUCCACCAAGUGGACCCACAUGCCGCACUCCAGCAGAAGGAGGUUCAUUCAUUUGGAGGGCUUAGGAGGUUGGGCAGGUCGAGCUGCUGGGGGUUCGUCGGCCAUGCCAGUCAGCACAAAUGCAACCCUCAGUUGUGGUUUAUUCAAUAAACCACGGCUAUGCCAAGCUAGAGUUUAACGCGAUCCAGAACGAUAAGUCUUCACACUGUCAUCCCCAAGAUGAGUAAUCUCUUCCGUCUCACUGUGCAUAAUUGCUCACCACUGGCUGAAAUCAUUAUUGCAACGAUGGUUAAAAAUGCACAUUUCUUACGAUCGAGUCGCAGAACACGCUGGCUUUUCAAGAGGCAGAUUUCUGUUAAGGUGUCCCUCCACCUAGGAAAGGAGGCCAUCUGGAAAGCAGGCUUUAGAGCUAAAAGGCAAGUAGAAAUCAUGCCUGCCAUACCUGUUGAAAACUCUGCCUGUUUUGCAGCUCUUAAAAGCAGCCUGCCCUCCACUUUUUAAAGCUGAUGCUGGAGAAACCUUUCUUUUUAUUUAUUUCUUACAAAGCCAGAUUGUGGCCCAACAUUUGUCUACAAGUCUACCCUGCCCAUCUGAACAUCCAACGUUAGGUGGCUUUAUAACUCUUCUUCCUAUUACUACUACUAAUACAGUGGGUUUGCAUGCAUGAAUUAGGGCGUACAGAAACCUGUGCUAAAACGUAGUCGUAUCAGAUAUGAUGUCAUCGUGCUAAAUGGGGGGAUUCGGGGGGGACCAGUUCUGAAAGAGAGCCCAGCAUGGUGGGGUUCAAGGAGACCGAGCUGAGUUUGUUCUAGCAAGCAGGCCUGGGGGUGGGGGUGGUGGACAGGAGAUCAUAAGUUGAGGGGAAAGCAAGUUUUAAUUUAGGACUUCGCUGCUGCAUUGUUCUUGGAGAUCGAUAUAUAUGAGGAAUUCGAAGACACACAAUCUGGAGUCCUCCAUGAUUUGGUUCAAUCCCCAGAUAACAUGCUUAAUGGUUUAGGCAUCAGGGCAGAAGAUAAAGAGGGCAUCAGGUUGCCAACAUUUUGACUGUAUGAUCUCCAAGAUCUCUUCUAAAGAAAUGGAUGCCGUGCCUUGUUAAGUCAUGUUGAGUUAACCUGUGGUUCUGGUUGGUUGGGUUGCUGUGUGGUACGAACCCAGCCAAUGAUGGUUUAAUCAAUAAAUCUUUAUUCCACUCACCAUGGCUUUAGGGCUUGGCAUGAACCCAGCUUGUGGUCAAAGCCCAUUGAACUCAGUGGCCUAAAUCUAGACACAUUUUCUUUGGAACAGAGAGGUGACUGACCAACACUAAUGCAUGUCAAAUUAGUUUUUAUUACUUUUUUUUUUGUUUUUCAUUAGCAGAUUUUGGGUUUGAAAAAAAAGAGCAUUCCCAAUUUGUUUUUAACUGUUACCCAGAGAAUUUAAAAAACAAAAAAAAUUGGGAUAGACCCCCUCCGUAGGAAAAUACUGAAAAUGUCUGUGAUUAUUCUAUUGUUUUGAUUGCAAUGUCCGUGUGAUUAAAAGGAAAAAAAAUAACAACUUCACCCAGAACCCAAAAUGAAAGAUGAGAAAUUUACUGGUAA